GCUAAAAUUAAUGAAUUGAAUUAAUGAAUACCAUCCCCCAACUCUCCCUAAUAACUCUUACUACAAUCUCUUUCUCUUUCAUUACUUUCACACACCACCACUUCACUACCCAACAAACCUCCUUUUUUCUUCCUCUCUGAGUCUUCCACCCCACCUCCACUCAACUCCUCCACCUUCUUCUCCUUUCUUUUUCUCACAAUCCCAAAAACCCUAAAACCCUUUUCAUCAAUUCUAGAUCUUACCCAUCUUACUAUCCCUAAACACCUUUUCAUAAAUUUUAGAUCUUAUCCAUCUCAAAUUAACCAAAACCCUAAAAAAACCCCUCUAUUAAUUCUCCAUUUCCCACCUCAAUUUUUGCUACCGACAAUCUAGGGUUACGGAAAUGGAGUGGUAGAAGCCUAGAAGGUAGGUUUGUAGAACCCAGAAAUUUAAUUGAGAAUGUAUAAAAAUCAGCUUCAAGAAUUAGCACAAAGAAGCUGUUUCAAUUUACCUUCCUAUACUUGUAUAAGAGAAGGCCCAGAUCAUGCUCCUAGGUUUAAAGCUAUAGUUAAUUUUAAUGGUGAAUCUUUUGAGUCUCCUCAUUAUUGUUCUACUCUUCGUCAAGCUGAACAUGCUGCUGCUGAAGUUGCCCUUAAUUCUCUCUCUUCUCGUGGCCCUUCUCACUCUAUUGCUGCUCGCAUUUUGGACGAGACGGGGGUUUACAAAAACCUUUUACAAGAGAUUUCACAGAGAGUUGGAGCACCUUUACCACAUUACACAACAUACAGGUCAGGCCUAGGCCACCAACCAGUUUUUACCGGUAAAGUAGAACUAGCAGGUAUCAUAUUCACAGGAGAACCAGCCAAAAAUAAAAAACAAGCAGAGAAAAAUGCGGCGUUGGCAGCUUGGCAGUCGCUAAAACAAUUGGCACAACAAUCAGGGAGUUCGUCUUCCGAGCAAGACAACACUGAUGAGCUUGAGCAGGUGACGAUAGCCCGAGCGUUGUUGAAAUAUCGAUUGAGGGAAAAGAUGACAACCGCAUCCAGCAAACCCUUGCCAUUCCCACAAACAUUUCCGAUCCAAAAUCCAAGACCCUCAAGCCCCCAACGUCGUCCAGUAAUGGCAUCCAAGAUUCUUCCAUUUAUCUGCCCCAAAAAGACGCCACCCCGAGUCCGUCCCUUUUCAUCAGUAAUGUCCGACCUUUCAUCACAGCCCCAGGUUCAAGAUUCCCGAAGAUCCGAGUCUCCAAGAUUUCCAGGUGUGGGGGCACCUCCAUACGUUCCAAUGCGUCAUGUGCGAGGACCGUGCCAUGGUAUGGCACCGCCCGUGACUAUUAGGAAUGCUGUGCCAUGCUACUCUGCUCCACCUGUUCACAGAUCAGCAAGUGCUGCUCCUCCAGUUAUAAGGACAGCACCACCUGUACGGAUCGCCCCACCAGUAUGUAUUAGGCAAAGUAUCCCUGUUUUCUCGGCCCCAGCCCUUAAAAGGGAAGAUCCACCAACUGCUACACUUCCAGAGCCAAAUAAACUUCCAGAUAAAGCAGAAGCAAUUCCCGAUUCAACUGGCCUGCAAUCCCAUAAUUCUGACCCGGUUGUUAAACCUCUUCCCCUCCGGAUCCCAUGUCCUUCUGUGACACGGCCGCCCCCUGUUCGAAUUGCACCUCCCGUCUGUAUUAGACAGGCUACUCCUGUUUUUGCUGCCCCACCAUCUGAUCUACAUGAGCCGCCAUCGGCCCAGCCUAGGGGCCCUAGUAAGGAGGUGACAAAUGACGAAGGAACCCGAGAUUCAGAAUCUUUAAAGAAGUUGGAGCAGCUUAAACUCUGAAAAGGCUCAUAAGAACGAAUGUAGAUCUCUAGGCGUACCGCCUCAGGAAGUAUGAUUUUGUUACCGGUUUUUGAUACUUUGGUCCUAGCCAUCUUGUAUGAAUGUCCGUCUUUCCCCUGUUUAGUUUCUCGUUCUCAUGUAUUUGAGACGCCAUAUCGUCGAUGUUUUCUUUAUAGUAUAUUAGCAACUUAGUGUUACAUUGGCUUAGUGGCCGAGUAUCAAAGAAUGGUUUUCAUUGGUUCUUUUUCCGAUCAUGUUUUUCUAUCUGCAUUUUUAUAAAAUAUGGUCCUCAGGUAAUACUUUUGUU